AUGCGUCAUCACUUCAAAGGUCGUACGGCAGCCGCAGUGAGAGAGUUGCCGGUCAAGAUUGUGCAGGCAUUCGCUGUUUCUGACGGAAACACAUUCUUUCUAUAUUUCGCUGGCGGCCUCAACGAGGGCCUGACCUCCUACAAUUUCUCGUUCUAUGGUGACAUCACAUAUGACCCCAUUGUUGUUAAUGGAAUGGAAGAAUUUCAGCCAGCAAGUCUGUCGCCUGGUGUUAACAACAUCAGGAUUAACGCAACAGAUGGAGUCUUGUCAAAAACCAUCGAGUUUGUUCUAAAUGUCACAAGCAAUCUAACAGUAAAUUAUGCACUGCCUGGAAAUGUGAUUCUGGCAAGAAUUAAUGGUACCAUAGCAACGUUUAUACAAGACCUAUUGGAUGACACAACUAAGACAUUUAAAAACGUUGCAUUGGAGCUCCAAGCACAGCUCGAUAAGAUAUAUCAAAACACAUCGGGUUUUAUCGGUUCACGAGUCGUAUCCUUCAGGAGUGGAAGUAUCAUUGCCAAUUUCAUUCUCAUUUUCAAUCCAACAUCGAGCAUAACUGAAGUGGAAGCUAAUGAAAUUUUCAGAAGCGCAUUGACAUCUGAUGCUGAGAUCACUAGCGGUUCCGGACUGUUCCUUACAUCACUCACCGCGUUCAACAUUUCAUUCCCCUGUGAAGACUUGACCUGUGAAAACGGCGGUAGCUGUAUAAUAACAAAUGAUGGAUCAGGGGCAAGAUGCAGAUGUACCGAGGGCUGGACCGGGGACCGCUGUCAGACAUCCACAAACACCAUAUUGAUCGUCGGAACAACAGCAGGUGCACUUUUCUUCUUCAUUCUGAUCUUGGUCCUCUGCAUGCACGCUUUGAGAAACAGAAUGAUGAUGAAAUACCAAGGCAGCCGGGGUCAUUCUAGGCCAACAUCUACGUUUAGGACCAGAGAUUAUAAUUCCAGAGAUCAUCGGGUGCCUUCACGAGAAAACCCAAUUGCACAUCACAAAGACAGAAGUCGGGACCGUUCCCAUCGUAAUGAUAAUAUGGACAGGGACAUGGCUUUAUUUACUCAGUACAAGAGUCGAGAGCAGAGGAGGGCCAGCCAAAAUUUCAAGACCGGACCCUCCUUCACUGGACGUGCGCCUAGCCACGAACCUCUGCAGAGUGGUAAUCACCGAAUGAAUAGAAUACCGCUUCGAGAUACUUAUUACUACAGAGGACAAAUUUAUCUGUAGACCCCGCUCACUCUAUGGAAUAUAUACUGUUGGUCAUAAAGGUGGAAUUAUUUUUACCCCA